AUGCUGUUAUGUGAACAAUCUCCAACCUUGCCAGUAUUUCGCUCAGUCGAACGUCACUAUAAAAGUGAACCAACGACAAUCAAAGAAGUUCGAUCAGAUGAUCCAAUCAAAGUGAUAACAUCAGUUCAACUUUCGAAACAUCUUGAGACACCAUCGCCAAUAAAAUUUGCUUUAAUUGAUUGUGGUUCGCCAUUUCGUUAUAACGAAAAGCAUAUAUGUAAAUCAAUUUUAUUACAUGUUGCCGAUCGACUCUCUCGUAAACGUUUAGCCAAACGUGGUCUAAAAAACUAUCUUGAUAUAACACAAAUGAAAUUGAUUGAUGAUAGUGAAGUUAUUGUACUCUAUGAGGAUGGAACAGUGGAUGAUAGUAGGACGAAUUCAUGUACCACUUCAUUAGUAACCACAACUCUCGCAGAUAAGAUCGAUCAACAUCGUCUGUCCUGCUGCUAUUCAUCAUUUGUUGUUCUUGAGAACGAUAUUUUAUUGUACCCUCAAUUAACUCCAGCAUCCAAAUGUGCCUACGACGAAAUAAAACGACAUGAUUCGUCGAAGCUUGUUUUUAUUUUAAGUGAAUCGUUUAAUGACUUUUAUGUACAAUAUUCUCAUUUAUGCAGCAGUAACACAUACAAUCUGACGUCACCAUCAAUACUCGAAUCGUGCCUAACAAAGUCAGAUAUUGAAAAUUUUCAGUUAUCGGAAAUAAUACCUGGACUCUACCUUGGAAACGAAAAUGAUGCGAAAAAUUACGGUAUAUUAGAAAAGAAUAACAUUAAAUCGAUUAUUAAUGUCACAACAUGUGUCCCGUGUCAUUUUGAAUCUGCUAUAAACUAUUUACGUUUGGCAUGUCUUGACAUAUGUUCGACAAAUUUAUUCGAUUAUUUUAAUGAUCAAACAUUUCAAUUUAUUCAAAAUUCAUUGAAUAGCAACAAGAACGUGCUUAUACAUUGUCAAGCAGGUAUAUCAAGAUCACCAACAAUUACUAUUGCAUAUUUAAUGACAUAUCAUGCAUGCGAAUUUAAAACAAUGAACGAAGCAUAUAUAAAUACAGAUUUAGAGCGAACAGUAUUAUCCUUCACAUCUGCCCCCACAAGAAAAAAAGUGCAGUGCACCUGCACCUUAUCUAGUGGUUAUAACGAGAGACAUGUGGUGGGCUUUCUCACUCGUGUUGAACGUCUUGGGUGUGGAGUAUUGUUUGGACCAGGUGGUUCAGUUACCGUAUCAACACUAGAAUCAAUACUACCAGAUGAACUCUACGAGUUUAUUGUUCUAUAUCUGAAAUCGAUUGACAUUAUCUACUCCUUCUUCAAUUUAAAUUCUCGUUUUGACCGCCUUGUUUCACCAUUUUUAUGUGCAAUUGAUUUAUCCGCUAUUGAUCAACAUAUUCUGGAUGGAUAUUGUCAGCAAAUUUUACCAAAAAUUCGACAUCAUGUAAAAAUAAUUAAAUUUGAUGAUAAAAAUAUUUACCGUAUUCUUCCCUUACCAACAGCAUAUCCAAACCUUUGUUCACUCUCAAUAACAGAAGUCGUUGAAAUAAAUGGCAAAUAUUUAUCUUAUCUAAGUUCAUUUAAAGAAUUAUGUAAUUUGAAAAUGUAUUUUGAUAAUCAACUAUGUGAGCAAAAGUUGUCAAAUGAGAUAUUCUCAAAUUUAUUUCAAUCAAAUUAUCAGCUACAAUCAUUAAUAUUCCUUCAUGUUUACUUCACUGUUAAUACCGAUAGUAUCCAACCAUGUUCUAUUAGAAGAUUAAAAAUAAUAUUACGUUCUCAAUAUGAUUUAAAUGUUUUAUUAAUGAAUUUAUCAUUGAUUGAAUACUUGGAUGUUGAAUUACUCAGAGUUAUACGUCAUGGAAAUCACCAAGAAAAUUAUGCUAAUAUUCUAUCAUUACCAAAAUUAAAAGAAUUUAUCUUCGUUUCUAUUUUUUCCAUAGAUUAUAAUUCUUUGGAAUCCUUAUUAUCUCGAUGUUCUAAUCUAGAGUGUUUAUCAUUGCAUUUAGAUAGUCGCCAGUUUAUCGAUGGCUAUAGUUUAGAAGCAAAAUUGUUAUCAAAAUUAACAAAAUCUCAUUUUUGCUUUCGUAUUCCAAAUGUGACGAUGAUGAACAUUGAUGAGUACAUUGAAACAUACAAAUCGUCUUAUUGGCUUAAUCAUCCUGUUUUGUGUUUUAAAAUAGCGUACCGUCGUAGCCAUUAUUGUAUCUUUUCAUUACCUUAUCCAUUCAGUUAUAUGAUUUUCACAUCAAAUGAUAUUGUAAAUUAUAGAUCAAACAUCAGUGAUAUUUCGAUAUAUAAUGGACGAAACAAGUUGAAAGAAAUAGAUUUAUAUGAUACAGUACCAUUUACAUUAGAGUUAUUUAAAUUUAUUGAAGAAACAUUUGUAAAAGCAAGGGUACUUCAAUUCUUUAGUCCUCCAGUGAAUAUUUUAAAUGAUGAUUUAAUGAAUAAUAAUGAAUUUAUACUAGAAAAUAUCGACUGCCUAAUAUUUCGCAUAGAGAAAAUAGUGGAUUAUAAAUAUUUGAAACGAGUAUUAGUAAUGAUGCCAAAUAUUGUUGAGUUACAUGUACACAGUGACUUAUUAUUAGAAUUGAAAACACAAGAUUUUGGUGAACAAGUACAACUGUUAUUUAAUCGUAUCAAAUAUAUUUACGUUUCUGGCAGUCCAGUUGAACUACUUGAAGACAAAUCUUUGUUUCCGAAUGUUAAGAUUAUAAGAGAUAAAUUUUAG